AUGGUGUCGCCGCGAGCCUCGGUGUUCUCUGACACGCAGGAGGACGACGGACGGCGGCGGAGCAGCGCCAUCACCACGGCCAACGCCACCACGUACAUAUCGACCAAGCUGCUGCUGGAGCACCGGACGCCGCCCAUCAGCUCAAGCAACCGAUAUUUUGACCGCUUUUAUCAUCUGCUGUACAACACUGUGCCGAUGGACAUGCACCGGAUAUGCAAUGUGUACCUGCUCAUCAUCAAUGCACUCUACAUCUCACUCUGGUAUAUAUACACGUCUCUCUCUUCAUUUGAUCAUCGAGACACGAUCAUGUGAUGUGACCGACCGCUGUCUCCCUUGCUUGCCUUUGUGCAGCACCAACAGCUUCAUCGUCUUCCAGUGCUACCAACACCCAUGGCCCAACAGUGAGCACGCCACAUACUUAUUUACACGGGCCCUGGCACUGCUCAUGCCUCUCAAUGAAUUCCUCGCCACAGAUCGGUGGUCUCUGGUGGAGUUCCCGGAUGUGCUGUGCCAUGACGACUUCUGGUUCAAAAACCUCUUGCCGCUCGGCCUAUUCGGCAUCAACUGCUAUGUGGUGGGUGUGCUGUGCUUCUUCUCCUGGCUAAACUGGAACGCACCCAAGUUCUUCCACACGCACCCAGGCUUCAGGUGAGAAAUGAGGUACUCACUGCAGUCAGUACCGAGGGAAGAAGGGGUGCACGUGGGCCUCUCUCUUUCAGGAUUCGCUACCGGUUUCUGUUGGCUGACUUUCGCCUUGACGUCUGGUGAGACACACCGUGCAAUGCACUGCAUGCAUCAACGUGUGUGUAUAGGGUCUCCUUCAAAUAAUACAGGUACUGGGGAAUAGUCUUCCUUGUCCGCAACACACUGCUUACCGUUACACCGCUCAUAGCCCACAACGACGGCAACAUGCAGGCGACUGUCCUUAUCUGUAUCCUGACCUUCUUCCUUGUCCUUCAUGUCUUCUACUGGCCCUGGGCAAGUGAGUGGCUCGCUACUGGCCCCAUCAAUGCGUCUCUCUCUCUCUCUCUCUGCGUGUGUCCGCGAUGGGAUGCAUCCACAGGCCCCGCCAACAACGUGUUGGACACGGUCAUCCUGUGCGGUCUGAUUAUCGUGUCUGGCGUGGGUUCGUACUUCGCCGACCGUCAUGAGGACAAGGCGCCCGUCUUCGCCUACUUGCUGCUCACUGUGUUCGUGCUCGUCAACCUGUGCUGCGUCGCCUGCAUUUUGUGGGCCAUACGGAUGCACAGAAAAAAGGUCAGCAGAGCAGACACACUGCGUUUUGGAUCAACACAGAUAGUUGCAUAUGCUGGCUGCAGGUGUUUAAGUUCGCCCAGGAUGAAGACGUCGUGAGGCGGCUGAUGGGGUUCUGCGCCUACGCGGAGGGCCGCGGCCAGAAGGAGCUCACUAGGAAGUUCCAAAAGUUGCCACGGUACGGUAACCAGGUUUGCAUUUCACCAGAAUGGCAUCCUGGCUCUCUCUUCCCCUCCCCUCGCCAGGUAUGAUCACCAGCAGAUCGAGCGUACGGUGAAUGUGUUUGAGAUGGAAAUGAUGGGUCUCCUCCGCAAACCCACCGGCCAGUCGGCCAAGCAGUCCAAACGAUCCAAUCGCCUCAUCACCGCCGCCUCACAGCUGAUGGAAGAGUCAAAACUGCCCGCAGACUACGCCAAAGAACUCGGCCAGACCUUCACCGAGCUGGAGGCCGAGCACCAUCACAACGACGAGACAGCAGAUGCGCAUGAGGACGCCGUGCUGCAACUGAGCCCCCGGCCAUCCAAGGCCAACAACGCCCUCGUCGAGAAACAAGACCACCAGCACCCACAGGCCGAUGCAGCGAAUAAUGAGACACAACAGCACCAGCAGCAGCAGCAGGACUCGCCAGAGAAUAUGGGCGAGUACGAGCGUGAUGGGCAAGACGGAGAGGAGAGACAGCUUGAGGAGGCGAUGGCCAUAAGCUCUGAGGGCGUGUCUCUGCGGACGCACACCGACGAUGACAACGGAGACAUACCGAUGGAGCAGAAUGAGGGCGGCGCGAAAGCGCCCCCCUCCCCUACGGACAACACGCGAAGGGCCCCUGAGACACGAAUGUAGUGUCUUCCUUGUGCAGAUGUGUAGACAGACCUGUGAGAAGUUCGUAUGGGCGCGAAGGG